CCCAAAAAGGCCAUCUAAGCAAAGAUUGGUACUCAACCAUCAAUAAAUAAAUAUCAGAAUCUCCCUUCUGUUUUUCCCCCAACACUAUUUUAGGCUUUUAGCCUCCCUUUUUCCUCUCUAACUUCACAACACGAUUCGCUUCUUCUACUUCUUUCGCCAUUUUCUUCCUAUAUUCCAUCCAUUAAACAUCAAAACUUCCAAAUUUUCCCAAUGAAAAACCUAUUUCAUCUUCUUCUUUCCUUCUUCCUCCUCUUCUUUACUCCUCCGAUCCAUGCCCGACCCAUCUCAGCCGUCAGAUCAAUCGACGGAUCUGAAGAAUGGGGAUACGUCCGUGUUCGCCCCAAAGCUCAUAUGUUUUGGUGGCUUUAUCGAAGUCCAUACAGAGUUGAGAAUCCUUCCAAGCCUUGGCCAAUCAUUCUUUGGUUGCAAGGUGGCCCCGGUGCUUCAGGAGUUGGAAUCGGGAAUUUUAAGGAAGUAGGUCCACUCGACGCUUCACUUAAGCCCAGAAACUCAACUUGGCUUCACAAAGCAGACCUUUUAUUUGUGGAUAAUCCGGUGGGGACAGGGUAUAGUUUCGUGGAGGAUACCGAUUCGCUAGUGAAAUCGGAUUUAGAAGCUGCGACGGAUUUAACGACGCUUUUACAAGGAAUUUUCAAUAGAGAUCCGAGGCUUCAGAAGAGUCCACUUUACAUUGUUGCCGAAUCCUACGGUGGAAAAUAUGCCGUCACGCUUGGAUUAUCGGCUUUGAAAGCUAUUGAAGCUGGGACAUUAAAGCUUACACUUGGAGGGGUGGUUUUGGGUGAUAGUUGGAUUUCCCCCCAAGAUUACACGUCUUCAUGGGGACCUCUUCUGAAAGAUUUGUCAAGGCUUGACGACAUUGGAGUGGCCAAAUCAAACAGUAUUGCCAAGAGAAUUGAGGAACAAAUGGAGAAAGGUCAAUUCGUGGGAGCUACUUCCUCGUGGAGUGAACUGGAAGAUGUGAUCAGUGCCAGCAGUAAUGGUGUGGAUUUCUAUAAUUUCUUAUUGGAUUCGGGAGCGGAUUCGGUAUCGUCGGUAACAGGUAUGGACAUAUCAAACGGCGUCGCUUCAGUGAGAAGAUAUUCAAGAUACCUCAGUUCAUUGAGGCCCACUGUGGGAGGAGAUGCUGUAGAUUUAUAUGAUUUGAUGAACGGUGUUAUAAGGAAGAAAUUAAAAAUCAUCCCAGAUAAUGUGAAAUGGGGCGGGCAGUCCGAAUACGUUUUCCAAAGUCUUCAAGAAGACUUCAUGAAACCAAGGAUUAAUGAGGUUGAUGAAUUGCUUGCUAAGGGAGUGGAUGUGACUAUAUACAAUGGCCAAGUGGACCUUAUAUGCUCAACCAAGGGAACUGAAGCAUGGGUUCAUAAGCUCAAGUGGGAAGGGCUUCAAGGUUUUUUAAGUACAGGAAGAACCCCUCUUUAUUGUGGAAAUGAUAAAGAUAGAACCAAAGGAUUCACAAAGUCUUAUAAAAAUCUUCACUUCUAUUGGAUUCUUGGAGCUGGCCACUUUGUGCCGGUUGACCAGCCGUGCAUAGCGUUAGAUAUGGUGGGAGCCACCACGCGGUCACCGGCUGCAAUUGCACACAAGUAAACAAAUCGCCAACAGAUACAGCACCACAAACUCUUGGGUUCCCAUUUACCAUUUAGAUAACACCAACGCCAGUACAAAAAUAAUUGACCUACCAAUUUAUUUCUUUUAAUUGAAUUUUUCUUUUACGGUACAAUUUGUUUCAUAUCUGUCUAUAUCAAUAUCUCAAUGAUAUUUCUUGAAAUUAUAAACCAAUAAUAAAACAUUUAUGUGGCAAUUAUA